CCUUCCCCCGCCUUCACCGAAGCGGAUGAAAACAAACACUAACCAUGGCGGCGCCGGGAAGCGACCCGCUGGUGGGCUUAAGGCGGGAGUGAUCUUUUGAGCUGUGCCGGAAGCCUAGAAGAGCGCUUGUAGACGUCAGUACGACAACUCACGUAAUCUGGGAGCAAAACUCCAGGGGCUUGCGAGCCAAGAGACUCCUGAGACGUGAAGUAUUAUCUGCGACCCGUGCUGUCACUUCAGCCCCGGAGCGCGGAGCCCUCAGCCAGGAGGCGCAGCUGGGCGGCCCCAGGCCUCGGCUUCCGUAAUGAGAGCCCAGAGCCACUUUCUGUGUCACAGCUUCACAGGUGAGGUGACUGUUGACUAGUGAAAAAAGGGACCCAAGUUAUCUUACUGGCAGUGGAACGACCUGUGGAAACCUGCGAUCCAUUCUCAUUUAAUCUCUGGAUUCCUGUAGGCAAUGGAAACUGAUCUCAAUUCCCAGGACAGAAAGGACCUGGACAAGUUCAUUAAGUUUUUUGCCCUUAAGACUGUCCAAGUGAUUGUCCAGGCUCGACUCGGUGAAAAGAUUUGUACUCGUUCAUCUUCAUCCCCAACGGGUUCAGAUUGGUUCAAUUUAGCAAUCAAAGACAUCCCAGAGGUUACACAUGAAGCAAAGAAGGCACUGGCAGGGCAGCUGCCUGCUGUCGGGAGAUCUAUGUGUGUGGAGAUCUCACUCAAGACUUCUGAGGGAGAUUCCAUGGAGUUAGAAAUCUGGUGUCUGGAAAUGAACGAAAAGUGUGAUAAGGAGAUCAAGGUUUCCUAUGCAGUGUACAACAGACUGUCAUUGCUUCUGAAGUCUCUCCUUGCUAUAACCAGGGUGACACCAGCUUACAGACUCUCCAGAAAACAAGGGCAUGAAUAUGUCAUAUUGUACAGAAUAUAUUUCGGGGAAGUUCAGCUGAAUGGCUUAGGAGAAGGUUUCCAGACAGUUCGUGUUGGGACAGUGGGCACCCCUGUAGGCACCAUCACUCUUUCCUGUGCUUAUCGAAUUAACUUGGCAUUCAUGUCCACCAGGCACUUUGAGAGGACCCCACCUAUCAUGGGGAUUAUCAUUGAUCACUUUGUGGACCGUCCCUAUCCCAGCUCCUCGCCCAUGCAUCCCUGCAAUUACAGAACCACCGGUGAGGACACGGGAGUAACAUAUCCUUCUGUGGAAGAUUCUCAAGAAGUGUGUACCACCUCCUUUUCCACUUCCCCUCCUUCCCAGUGUGUGUUUACUGUCACAAAGGCACAUUUUCAGACCCCUACUCCUGUGGUGACGGACACCUUGAGGGUCCCCAUGGCAGGACUGGCUUUUUCCCAUCAACUCUCAAGCUCUCGCCUUUCCUAUCAGCCUGCUGCCCUGGGCGUUGGAUCAGCUGACCUGGCUUAUCCAGUAGUGUUUGCUGCUGGCUUAAAUGCCACACACCCUCACCAGCUAAUGGUUCCUGGAAAGGAAGGUGGGGUACCCCUUGCUCCCAACCAGCCUGCCCAUGGUGCCCAGGCAGACCAGGAGAGAUUGGCAACCUACACCCCUUCUGAUGGGGCCCACUGUGCUGCCACACCUUCCAGCAGUGAGGACACUGAAACUGUCUCAAACAGCAGUGAGGGGCGGGCCUCCCCCCAUGACGUUCUGGAGACCAUCUUUGUCCGGAAAGUGGGGGCUUUUGUCAACAAACCCAUCAACCAGGUGACCCUGACCAGUUUGGACAUACCCUUUGCCAUGUUUGCUCCCAAGAAUUUGGAGCUAGAGGAUGCUGAUCCCAUGGUGAAUCCUCCAGAUUCCCCAGAGACUACAUCUCCUCUCCAGGGCAGCCUGCACUCUGAUGGCUCCAGCGGGGGCAGCAGUGGCAAUACCCAGGAUGACUUUGUUAUGAUCGACUUUAAACCGGCUUUUUCUAAAGAUGACAUUCUUCCAAUGGACUUGGGGACCUUCUAUCGUGAAUUUCAGAACCCUCCUCAGCUGAGCAGCCUCUCCAUAGAUAUUGGGGCACAGUCCAUGGCUGAGGACUUGGACUCACUACCAGAGAAGCUGGCCGUGCACGAGAAGAAUGUCCGAGAAUUCGAUGCCUUUGUAGAAACCCUGCAGUAAAAGUUGGUGUCCUCGAGUACCAGCAGCAUCCCCUUUUUGUGGUCCCAGGAGACAGAGAGCCUCCCACUCAUCAGCUGCUCCCAUCCCCUGUCCUGCUCCAAGCCAGGUGGAAGGAAGGCUGGUUUCCCCCGUGGGGACCCGGAAGUCCCUGCUCUUGCACCUCCUGGAGACUCCCGUGGCAGCAGUGAAGGCCAUUGGUAGCAUUUGAGAGGACUCUCCCUCUGGCCUCCCUCCACAGGGCCCUCUGCUUACAUCGCCCUCAGCAACUGCUCACCAAGGCUGUCAUCCUGCUCCUCCCUCCGGCCCCCUGCCCUGGGUUUGCCCUGCAGCUGGCCCCUUGGCUGCCCGCCAUCACCAUCAACCGUCUGACAUUCCAGCUGGUAGCCCAGAGGCUGGUGUGGAGGCAGGAGUAGGAUGGAGAGAGUGCUGGGAGGAGGAAGGAAGCUCUCCUUCAGGGUCUUUUUCUCCUUUAAUUCUGGUAUUUUCCUACCCACCCCCGCCCCCCACCCCUUGCCUGUGUUUUUCAUAAUAUGGCAGGCCUCCUGCCCAAGGUGAUGAGAACUCUGAAGUCAGCCAUUCCCACCCUUCAAGGCUGUGCCAGCCCAUCCGAGCAGCCCUGGCGGCUGCCUGCUCAGCUGCGUGGAAGCAAAAUCCUAAGUCUCUAGGAUUCCGUCAUUGGCGUCAUGGCAAAGCUCCUUCUCUUUCCUCUCCUCCCUUCCCCUGUUGCUGCUCCUUGGCUAUAGAACACGGUGAAUAUUUAUUACUUUCAGAGAAAUCAGCUAUUUUAUAGAGAAAAUAUGUUUGAGGUUAGAUGUUUUCACUUGAGGAAGGUGGAGGGCCUCUUCGGGGGGGGCAGCCCCUCCUCCUGUGGAGGUUCCUCAGACUCCGGGCUGCUGCUCUGAGGACCUGCCUUCCCAUGUACAUAUAAGGUGGGAUCCAAGACCGGGGCUAUCUGAGGGCAACAGAACCUCCCAGAAUUGCUGCAUUUGAACUGAAAACAGGCUCUGCCUUGGACAUGUACAUGCUCCUGGGAGAACCUUGAAUCUCCUAGCUUCUCCAGAGAGACUGGCUCUGUUCUGGCAGCCCAGGAAGUCUUGGGUGCAAGACGUGAUGACUCCCCAGAGUUGUGCCACAUGUAGAGCCCAAGAGGCACAGUGUCCCAGGGAAGGCCAGACAGGCACCCCUUCCUUGUUCCUGUUUCUAGAGGCUGAGUUACAGGCCUUUUCUUCCUUCUGCCUGAGCCUGGCCCCCACCUGUCUUUAUCCCCAGGGUCUGGAUGCUGCCCUGAGGUUUGCUAGUUGGAUUGGCUCCUUGUUAGAAACCAAAGCUGGGCAUACGGUUGAGUUAACUCUCCAGGUAUUAUUACUUGAGGAAGUUGAGGGCCUGGCCUUGCCCACUGACCAUCUGUUCCUCACUCCCUAAACUGUAGCUCCGGCCGAGGAGAACUAGGCCCACCCCACUCCUCCUGGCCCACCUGGGGUGUUCAUUGGCAGCAGCUGUUCUGCAGCGGAGCAGGUGGCCCUCAUUUGUUUAUUAGUAAGUGCAUGUGACAGCCAAAAAGGCUGAUCUCAGGGCUGGGGUCAGCUCCGACACUGUCUCGGGCCAAGCCCUGCCCCUGUGCACACAUUUUCCUGCCACAAAGAAAUAUUCCCAGUAUCAGCAUUCAGCUGGCCCUCCUAUCUUUGGGCCAGAACACGCUCAUGGCCUGAUAAACCAGUCCAGGUUCACCCCCAAGGCCCUAGAACUGAGAAGGGUGAAGGCCCUGGUAAGUUCCUGAUUGCUCCCCACCCCCACCCCAGUAUCUCAGCUGCUGCCCUCCUUCCAAGGCCUCUUCGUUUCCCUCUGUGUCUCUAAUUGUGGGCCUCUGCAGGCAGCAGCCUUUCUUCAGGAUCCCAUCAGUGAGAGGCCAGGGAGACUGAGCCCUGACUUUGAGCUGAGCCUGGGAGGAGCAGAGCAACUGUCAAGGCCGGCCCUUGCCCCUCAGCCCUGUACAGUGAAAGGUAUGAGCCCUAGACUGACUUGCGCAGCACCCCCGGGACAGGGCUGGGACCAGUCGUGUCUCCAGGUGGGGAGAGCCCCUCCCCGUCCUCCAGCCGACUUUAUUUGGAAAUAUUGAGCUAUACUUUAAAAUGUAUUCAGGAGAUUUCCAAUAAACUUUUUCUGUACUUUA